AAUUUUGUCUUAAAGUGACAGAUCAAAGGGAGAAAUGAAGUAGUGAACUUUUCUGACUGUUGUAAAUGCUUCGUGUGUGUAAGAACAAAUCUACGCAGUUUAGGGGUUUAGAGCUUUUACAGCCUCAAGGCUCAAGUUGAAUUCCUGGAAACUUGACGACUGACGAGUCACUGGGCCGGAUCCCAUAUGUCACUGUCGUACUCUAAGAUCACUGUCAUGGUUUUUGAGUAACAAUGAUCUACCAGUAAAAUGCAUGUAGAAAUGUCUUAUUUCUAGUUUGGUUUUCAUGCACUCAGUCGCUCGCUUUACAACCCCAACCUCGUACCAGUUUCCCAGUAUAAGGACCUCGGUCGAAUUUAUAAGCUUUGGCAUGUAGGUCAUGUAACACGAAUGGAAUGAAUACGCUCUAGUUGGAGCGUUGGCGCACGCCUUUGACGCUGUUUAUUGGCAUUUGAGAGAAACUGUAAGCCAACCGUAACCUAGCACUGCAACUACUAUCGUAGAUAUUUCUCUAAUUACAAAGGGCCUGAGUCGCCUUGCUAAAAAUACAAACGCUUUUUCAGUUUUGGCAGAAACACUCAUUCCCGGCGGAAACUUGAAUUAGUUCAGUCUACUUUGUUUAAGAGAAGUAAAAAUUAUCUGAAAAUACGUUUUUAAAUCCGCCCAGCGUAUAUAGAGCGAGAGAGUUUAGUCUGCGGCUUGAGUCAAACGCUUCAUUAGCUGCAAUCAUCUCAAUCCUAAAACAAGAUAAUCGCUUGAGAAAGCACGAAUAGGAAACAGUUGUUACAACUAGCUAUAGGCAAUUAUUUCUAUACACUGAAACUGAUCCUGCUUCUUGUCCUGCAGUGGCGACAUCUUGUCUAACCCCAAAAUGUCCUCCCAUCGCUCCAUAUAUUCAUUGUUUCAGACGACAAUGCACCACCCCCCCUCCACCUGUUAUCAGCCUUCCCUUCUAAUAUAAACGACAGCCAAGUCAUCCGUAAAAUGCCAGUGAUCAAAUUUUCUUGACACUGUUCUGUCAAGCGAUAGUAAAUAGGAAAAGAAUCGCCAAGUUUCCCUCGUUGACUCUUUCAACAAUUGAUCAAGCGCAGUCUCGAAAUAAGAGGGCUUGAAAUCUGUGACGUCAUAAGAGACCUGUUUGUUGUGCGGUUGAGCGGGUUAUUAUCUAACUGAAGGGUUCGUGUUAAUUUAUUCAUAGAGAAAUGUUGUGAAAAGAAAUAUGGCGGACCCCUAAAACCUUCAGUAAAGCUCAAUUACAAUAGAGAUGAAUACUAUUCCAGUAAUUCCUGAAAGAUGACUCUUCCUUUCAAGCUUGUUUUUGUUGUAUUGCUGGAACUCUGCUCGUUUGUGGAAUAUGACUUGGCUCCAGUAUAUUACGUUAAGCGAAUUCCAGACACCGAGAUUCGAAUUCUAGGAACUGUUGGUAAUGUGCGGCAGGAAAGAAGUUCACUAGUCACCAGUUCGCCCGGGCUCCUCAUCGAAUCUGAAGCGUCGAUUGACCCAGCAUCCGUCAAAACCUUGAACAACAAUGUGGAGGAAAGCAAGAGAGAUGUAAGUCUUGAAGAGCUCUUGAAUGAUAACAGUCAGAAAAGAAACAAAAGGAUAAACAAAGAUAAAAAGAGCGUUGAAAAAGACACUCGCUUAAAGAAGUCUCCUAGGACAAGUAAAAAGUCACUACCUUCAACUCCUGAGCUCAAAUGGCCAUCAGGGACUUAUGGACUUCCUAAGCCAGUUGAUGGCUGUCCCAUGGCCGAUGGCUUCGAAUGGAAGACUGGGUACAGGUUUCACGACACUGAAGAUGAUGGAACGGAAAAUCAGCAUUCAGACAGUUUUCAUUUGGCCGGUGAAUUCAGCGAUGAAGGAAUAAAACAUGAAUUCUGCAUCAAGAUGGACGAAGAAGGCGGAGGAAGGUGGCCAGAUGGAAAAUACUGCAUCUACAAGAAAGGCUCAAGUUGUCCUACAGGUCUUGACGAGGGUUUUGUCAUAUGGGAUGACGAAAACAAAGACAACAAAAACUCCAGAGAAGGCGUGUUACCCGAGGGUCUUUUUAAUGAAGACACCAAGAUCUUUUUCUGUUGCAGCACAACUGGUUCUGCCAGCCAGGAAAUCGCUUUGCCGAACAAAGCUCCGUUCUUGUUAUUUGCCUAUGAUUCGAUACUUUGCCAGAAGGUGAAGGGAAUGAAUGUGGUCACAGAGUUCGUCAAAUUUGACGACGAGGACCGAGGCAAUAUUGAUUACGAGGGUGGCGAAUGUCCGUACGGCAUCCAUCGGGCGGAGAAAGAUCACAUGUUUUUUCUCUGCUACUACACGCCAGAGAAACAAAACGGCAGUCUGGUUUCAGGCCAUAAAAGUAAAGACUCCUCUUCUAGGAAGAUCCCUCUUAAAGAUGGAUCUAUAAAGCACAAGAAAAAACCGCAAGAAAAACAAGUUGACAAACUGGAGGAAUUGGAGAAACUGCGAAACUCAGAGAAAAUGAUGGAUGCAUUUCUUGCUAGCACUGCUCCACAUAACAAAGAAACGAAUAAAAAUGAGAGAACAAAGACAAUCAUAAAAACGAUCAGAGUCCCUGAACGAGAGAACACCACCUCAAUAGUCGUAACAACAGCUGGCAUAGUCCUUGGUAUCGUCGUAUUAGGAGCUGUGGUUGGUAUUGUGGUGAUAAAACAUAUUCGAUCAAACCGCGAUGGAAUCAAAGUAGAUUCACUGGAUGAACAAGUUUACACAGCUUCUUCGCGGAGAAGCAGCUUUACAACUUCAGAAGAUGAAGUGGAAUUAACUGAAGCGGAUUUUGAGGAUGAACUAGUCGAGGAUCAAUAUUUACCCUCUGACUCUGAACUUAAGUCAGGCUUAGAACUCAUGUUUCUAAAACAACAAAGACAUUAUUGGACAAGGAAAAAGAAGCCCUGAGAAAAGCAUGCUUCCGAAAUAGAAACAAACGUAGUCGAAUUCCCAAAGUGGAGCAUUCUAUGGACCACGUGUAAGGUCCCUUAUGGGAAGUGUUCCGUUAGUGGAAGAAGGUCACAAAUGUAGUGCUCACGUGUGGCCUAGACCAAGAUGUGCCUUUUCGAAAGGUUCCCUAAUUAUAUGUUAUUGUCGGACAUUCCAAAAACUCUUAGCAUCAAAAGAAUACCUAGACAUAGCUUAGUUGAAAAUCCAUACAAUGAUAGACUAACUUCACAUCUUCGAAUGCAUUCAAUAUUGUUAGCAUUGUUGGAGCUAGCUCAAGGCUCACAAGUGCAAACGUGAAUUUUAAAAUUGCGAAUUCUGUUGCACUUUUUGUUAUACAUUUUGUAACUUUUUCAUCAGAUUAGGCCAUUUCCAAGUUGCCUUUUGUCUCUGUGUCAAAACGAGUCUUCAGGCAAAACCAUUCAUAAGAAAACGUGUUCCGGCCAGAGGUCCUUUUUCAUACAAAUCAAACUCAUUUAAUAUGAAAUGUUUUGCACCAGGACUCGUUUUGAAACAGAGGCACAAGGUAUCUCGGAAAUGGCCUUUUGUUUCAUAGUCCGUCGUGAUUGCAGUGAUCGUACUCUGUAUGCUUUUGUUGCAUCACUGUAACUAUCAAGGCACGAAGUAAAACCAACAGUAGAUUAGAAAUACUCUCAGUUUUUGAAUAAAAAUAUAUAAAUUUAUCAAAGUAAUUCUCCAGGUUCCGUCUAUAGUUAUGAAGUACAUAUUAUUGUGCGGACGAACCAUUCUACAGCGGCCACCUUGUGAAUGAACAUGUUCGGG